CAAAUUGUGCGACAAUAGUUGUAGUCUUUACACGGUGGCGGAAAAGACAGGAAGGAGUUACCUCGAUAUUAACCAUAACAGUGUGAGAACCCGCUCCCCGUGCGCGUUCAUGUUUAAUUAUUAUUAUUAUUAUUAUUAUUAUUAUAAAUAUUCAGGGUAACCGGAGUUUCACGUGACCACAAUGUGACCGCCUGCUGUCAUCCGUUAGCAGCGUUAGCCUAGCUUAGCUUAGCAUUGCUCAACAGAGAUGUGUCUCAUCGAGGAAGUGUCUGUGUGUCGGUAACACCGAGCAGCCAGUGUGACCGCGGAGCUGUGGUUCGUGUGUCUGUGGCUGCCGCUGCUUGAACAGGUCUUCUUGGACGCUGGUGCUGCCUCCGGAGCGGUCACAACAUGCUCAACGUUCCCACUCAGUCGUUCCCCGCGCCGGGCUCCCAGCAGCGGGUCGCUCCCUCCGGACAGUCCGGGAGGAACAAGGUGGCCUUGAAGCCUGGCCACAGUCUGAUGGACUGGAUUCGCUUUUCCAAGAGUGGAAAAGAUCUGACCGGUCUCAGAGGGCGCCUGAUCGAAGUGACCCAGGAAGAGCUGCAGAAACACAACACAAGAGAUGACUGCUGGACCUGCAUACGAGGGAUGGUUUACAAUGUUACGCCCUACAUGGACUACCACCCCGGUGGAGAAGAUGAGCUGAUGAAGGCAGCUGGGGUAGAUGGCACUGAGCUGUUUGAUCAGGUGCAUCGCUGGGUGAACUAUGAGUCCAUGUUAAAAGAGUGCCUGGUCGGCAGAAUGGCCACAGCUAUUAAAGCUACCAUCCCUCCUCCACCACCACCCACUGCCCUCGCACCACCUAUCUCAGUGGCCCCUCCACCAGACAAAGACUCUCGGCCUCGGUAUGACUGGUUCCAAACUGAUGUGUCUGUUCAUCUGGUUAUUUAUGCUAAAAGAAAGAUCCCUAGCGCAGGCUGUUCUGUUGUAGACCUUGAGGCGGGCGUUCUACGAGUAGAAGUGCUGCUGGGGAAAAUGUCCUACAUGAUACAUUUACGUCUAGCUGAUGAAGUCGAGGGAAACGUUUCUGUCCACACUGCCUUCUCAGUGGGAAAGAUCCAGGUCACUAUACGCAAACAAGCUAAAGGAAAAUGGAUAAGUCUUGGUCAACCACUGGAAUUUCACAAUACAUUUCUACGCAAAAAAGACAGAGCUCUCUAUUAUCGGGAGUGCGUGUUGGUGUCUAAGACUGAGGUGAACCAUAACACAUAUGUGUAUAGAUUGCAACUUCCACGUGGGUCUGUCAGGCAUGUGCCUGUUGGAAAACAUGUCUACCUCAAAGCCCUCAUUCAAGACACAGAGGUCGUCAGGCCAUACACUCCAGUAGAUCCAGACCUAGCAGCAGCCUCCAACCACUCCUCACAGGACUCUGACCUCUACCUCAUGAUCAAAGUUUACCCUGACGGGGUGUUCACCCCACAUCUCAACAGCCUGCACAUCGGUGAUCAUAUAUCUGUAAGUGGUCCAGAGGGUCCCUUCAGUCUCCGCCCCCUCCGUGAUGUCACACACCUCUACCUUUUAGCAGCUGGCACGGGGUUCACGCCCAUGGCUCGCCUCAUCCGAGUGGCCCUGCAGGACAUCAACACUAUCAGAAAAACCAAGCUGCUUUUUUUGAACCGACAAGAGGCGGACAUUCUGUGGCACAGUGAACUGGAUGACCUGGCUGCUAAUGAUGAGAGGUUUGAAGUGGACUAUGUCCUCUCUGAGCCUGGUGAAAGCUGGACCGGCAGGAAGGGUCGCGUCGACGAGGGCAUGCUCAAGGAUUUUCUCUGCAGGCCAGAUGGGUCCAAAUGCUACGUGUGUGUGUGUGGCCCCACUGCCUUUACAGAGCUGACGAUAGGUUUGUUGAAGCAGCAGGGCUUUAGUGAAGACGAGCUCCAUGCCUUCCAGGGCUGAUGAACUCUGCCUCAACCCAGCUCCUCUCUGCAAAGACUGUGUGAGACAGAGAGAGAGAGAGAGUUGAUUUUAAUUUAUGUUUGUGAGAAUUGAAAGGAACAUUGUAUUUCUAUGCACCAAGGACCUGAUGAUGCGGACAGCAGACCACACCCCCAGGCUACUAUGUUUCUCGACUGUUUGGUCCGUCUAGAACAAAAACAGAGUUCAUGAAAACUAUGAGUUGAAAUGUUGUAAAGGUGUGUAGAGUAAAAGCAGUAAAAUAUACUGAAAUGUGAUGAGAUGUGCUGUAAACAGAUGAGGUAUAUGCAAUAUAAAAGAGGAUUCCCAUGAGCUUUGAAGUGUGUUGCAGAGGAUCUUCUGCAGCCUCUUCAGCUUCCAGUUGGAUGCGGUUACAGGAGUUCAAAGCAGUGCAGUGAAAUAAAAUGCAUUAUGGUGCAAACUGUAAA